AUGAUGACGACGUGCCGUCUGCUGUGCGCCCUGUUGGUGCUCGCCCUGUGCUGCUGCCCGUCCGUGUGCGUGACAACAAAUGAUGACGAAGAUGAUACUGAGACCACUAUAACCUCUACAAUAAUUGGGCCAGAUAACGGUCGUAUCUCGGAGCCAAAGAUGAAGUCCAAUUCGCAAGAGUCAGCAGGUUUGGUGGAAGUGACGGAACAGGUUUUGGAAGAGGAGCCCGAUGAAGGACUGGGACUAAAUACGGAUGUUGCUGCAUUACAGUCAGAAAAAGCGGGCUCCGGUCCGGGAAAGGUUUCAGAAGAAAUCCCCGGUCCGUUACAGGAACAAGAUGCCGCCAAUGCGGGAGAAGGUGUAAAAAAAGCCAAUACGGAAAUAAAACCAAAUAACACGACAACCACAACUGCGACAAAAGCACCAAUUACCACGACGACUACAACCACGACAAAGGCACUAACUACGACGACCACGACUACGACAACGACUACAGAGGCGCCAACCACGACUACCACCCUCGCACCGUCACGUCUUCGCGAAGUCGACGGCAGCCUCAGCAGCUCUGCGUGGGUGUGUGCCCCGCUGGUGCUCGCCGUAUCCGCACUGGCGUACACCGCUGUGGGCUGA